AUGAAAUUACAGUAUGUAGAAAACUAUGAUAAAAAGCCUGCAGUUGAAGGAAAGUUGUUGACCCUAGCAUGUACAGCCCGUGGUUCUAGUAAUAUGAGUUUUAAAUGGUAUAAAGAUGGCUACCUGGUUAAUGUGUCUGUUAGUGAUAGAAAUGCAUGGGAAGUUAGAAUACCUCGAACAAUGAAUGAUAAACAGAUGUCAGUAUUAAAUAUUGAUGGUGUCACAGUUUAUGAUAAAGGUAAGUAUAUUUUAUGUACUUUUAUCAGGGGUGUUAGAAAAUGA